UGAAACUAACGCUACGACCUCUACGACCGCUCCUAGCACUUGAGCGUUGGUUUCAUCUCUGCUUUCUCUCCUCAAAAGCUAUUUUCACCUUGAACUUGAAAAUAUCCAGUUCCGCUUCCACUUCUGACACACCUCAGAGCGACUGACGUAGUCUUCGAUGUGUCGUUUGACGUUUGGCCAGGUGAAAUGCUGGUGGAUCGUAAGAUAGGUUCGUGUCAUGCCGGGGUGCUUUAGCUGUUCGUGGUACCAUCUCACAAUACGAUCUCGGAGGCUUGCUGGCACCAUGAUGCGUUUGUCUUUGCACAGUAGUUGAAGAUCACCAUGUUGUUGGAUCUCGAGGGCACCUUGGCGGACUUGUUGCUGCAGGUGCUUGUCGUCCUGCUGGGCGUCCUGGAUGAGCUUGAAGGUGAGCGGAAACUCGUCGUCGUCCGUGCCCACUUCAAAGCAGUCCUCGCUUCCAUCUUCUUCGUCCAGUGGGAGGCGACUGAGGGCGUCAGCGACGACGUUGCUCUGACCCUUGAUGUACACGAUCUGCGGUGCGAACUCCUCGACAAUGAGGCGCCAGCGGUUGACUCGGUCGGACUGGAAGUUGGAGAACGAUAAGUUCUUGUGGUCUGUGUAGACCACGACUUAGUGUCCGAGCAGGACGUUGCGGAAUUCAC